AUGUACGCGCAUUGCGCCACCGUGGCGGGCGCGGCCCACUUUGUGUUCCACGCCGCCUCGUCGCUCUGCAGCUGCCCUCCAAAAGGCUCUGCCGCCAGAGAGGCUGGCCCCGACUUCAUCGGCGGGGCGAUAGCGUGCAAAGACCUGGUGAAUAGGUGGGGCUGGGCGGGUUGA